UCGGCGGCGCGGCGGGGGGGAGGGGGCCGCCCCGCGCUUGUUGUUGUCCGCGGGACUCGCUGGCACAGAGGGAGGGAGGGAGCCGCGCAGCGCCCCCGCCGCCACCGCCGCCGCCCCUCAUCGCCCUCCCUCAUCGCCCUCCCGCUGCCGCCGCCCUCGCCACGGGCGCGCGCGCGCGCUCCCGCCGGCACGCAGUUGCAAUUUCUGAGCAGUUUUGUCCGGAAGACUGUGCUCAGGUUAUGACGACUAAUCCCAAACCGAACAAGGCGUUAAAGGUAAAGGAGGAGUCAGGAGAGAAUGCCCCAGUGCUGAGUGAUGACGAACUCGUGUCAAUGUCCGUACGGGAGCUGAACCAGCACCUGAGGGGUCUCACCAAAGAGGAGGUCAUCCGUCUGAAGCAGCGGCGGCGCACGCUGAAGAACCGGGGCUACGCCGCCAGCUGCCGCAUCAAGCGCGUGACGCAGAAAGAAGAGCUGGAGAGGCAGCGGGUCGAGCUGCAGCAAGAGGUGGAGAAGCUGGCCAGGGAAAACAGCAGCAUGAAGCUUGAGCUGGACGCCUUGCGCUCCAAGUACGAAGCACUCCAGACCUUUGCUCGUACUGUGGCGCGAGGGCCUAUUACCCCAACCAAAGUUGCCACCACCAGUGUCAUCACCAUUGUGAAAUCAGCCGAAAUCUCAUCCAGUUCUGUGCCGUUUUCAGCAGCUUCCUAGUGCCCUCAGUGUGGGGAACUAGCAGCCUUUCAGUGGGGAGGGGAAAAGGCUCUCACGUGUUGUUCCGGAGUCCUUGGUCUCGUCAAGAAUUGGCCUUUUAACAAUUCUGUUCCAAAAGUGCAAAACGUAGAAAAGAAAAAAACCACACCAAACCUACAAAGGGAACUUAACUGGCUGCUUCUACCUGGACUCGGUGGCUCCAUCAACCCCUCAUGUCCAGGAUUUGAGCUCUGUAUGCAGUACAAAUCUCGAGAUCUGCUUCCUCCUCCCCCCUGCCUCACCAAACUCCUCUCGGCUGUGAGCAGCUUUCCAGCUGGGAGAAGAUACCUGAGGAGCCUCCGGAGCCUUCACAAAUGAUGCUCAAGAGCCAGGAAACAGAUGGACCGUAGAAAUCAUGUGAGAUGAAUGUAUGGAAAAACAAGUUUCCCUUAGUGGCAUCGUACUCCCUGUAAGAAGGGUCUCCCCUACCUUUCCCGCUUCCAUCUGAUCUUAUGAGAGCAGGGAAUAGAGGCUUUUUUGGGUGAGAUUUCGUCCUGCUGUGAGUGGAUGGGAGCGGGAGGAUGAUGGAGACUAAUGCUUGGGUCUGACCACACCCGUUACAAAUAACCUUUUCUUUUCAAUCCAUGCUGUUAAAAUAUGGGAAAAUACAUAUUUUACAUAUUUUAAUAUGCCCCAUUACCUGUGUGGCCUAUAGAAACUACACUGCAGCCUCCUUUAUUCCAAGCCCGAGUUUCCUGACCGCUCCUUCCCUAAGGUGUGCCUGUGAAUUUGGGUAUAUUUAUGCAGUUUAUUUCUUCCAGAUGAUCCACAGUCUUGAAGUAGUGGCUUUUGGUUAUUUUGAUUGUUUUUUUUCUGGAUUCCCUGAAGCUUAAGGGAAGGAGGCAAAGUAAAUGCUGUGAAGAGCUGUAUGAUGGGUAGGAGACGGGGAGGUGAGGAGGAAGUUUUACCGAGUGGAGGCAGAACUGGCUGCGAGAAGGUGGGACAGUUCUGCUGGGAUCAGCACUAUUGGAAGGGGUUUGUGCAGAGUAUUGCAGAAAGAUGUUUUUAAAGCACUGAAGUGUAACUAGAGGGCAAUAGCGUUCAGGUGGGAGAAGUUACAGUGCCUCCUCUUUGACAAAGCUUUGGUAGGUUAGCAGGGAAUGUCCCAGCUGGAAAGCUGGACUCGCCAGUCAAUCUUUGGUGACCAGAGAAGGGCUAUGAGGAGGUCAGAUGGGAGCUGGAAAAGCCUGUUCUACUCGAUGGCAAGUCAGGCACUGAAGUUGGGAUCCAAAGAGUACAGUGAACAACCCUCAGUUCAGACAACCUGUGUGAAUGUGACCCUGAAACUUGACACUGUCCCUUGGGAGUGGAUGAAUUAUCCCAAGAGGCACACAGAGAGCAGGAUGGAGAAUCGGGGUGCGUGGUAGGGGAUGGAAGAAUUGGGAUGGAGAAGUUGCUUAUGUGGCUCUGAGCAGUGGUUUGGGAGAGGGAUUUCUGGCUUGGCGAAGGGCAGGAGGUGGGAAGCUGAGAGAUUCUGCUGUUGCACAGCAGCACUGAGAAGACAAAUGUUUCCAGGUCACUGUAAAAAAAAAAAAUAGCUAUGUUGGUGUUUGUGUGUUUUGUUGUUGUUUUCUUUUUUCACUUUUGAAGUAGGAAAGAAAAAAGACUGUGAGUUUUGCAGGGCAAGUCAGAGACUUGUGGAACGGACGAUGCCUGUUGUCACGCAGGUGAGAAGAGAAUGAGAUUGCUGAAGUUUAAGAUGAGGAGUAGAGCUUAGAGGAUUGGGGUUCCAGAGCAGAAAACAAAGAUCAUGGAGAAUUCACAAGUGUCUUGGACUGAAAGAGAAUAAUCAAGUUGCAAAGGGGACAGUGAACUGGCAUCUGACACCCAGUCUUAAUUUGUUGUUUGAGGCUUUGUCUUGCCAUGAAUGGCAGUAAGUUUGUAGAAAUUUAGUGAAGCCCUACUUGUCUUUGGAAGAAGUUGUUAGCUUGCUUUUUCUUCUUUUUCACCUUGUCAUCGGAGUCUCUGGAUUUCCCAGGAGGGUCCUCUGUGAAAUAGGUUAAUGAAAAGCGAAACCUCAGACUUGGUUCUCGUUCAGUCCUCAACAUUGACAUCUGUGACCUUACUGAGCCAGAAAGGGUGUAAGUGAAACGCUUGCUGAAGGCUAGUUACCCCUGCCAGAUCCACGUGUUAUGGAAGGGAGCAGGGAGUUUCCUUCAAGUGAUUUUCCAACGUAGAGUUUGGAUGACACUUAGCGUUACCUCAUUUCUCCUCCACUCCUUCCCUAUCUCCAAACAGGCAGAUCAAUGUCCUGUGUAUCAGUACCAGUUAUUGACUCCCACAGCAGAAGCUGAGGAAGAGAAAGAUGUUACUGUCAUUUCCUGGUCCUCUCAUGUUCUCCAGCUCACAGACAUUGGAAACUUUCCCAGACCUUACAGGUGCCUCCGUGAGCAGGCAAAAUGGAGACUCCUGGCACUGUUGGGGCUUUAGAUGAAAACUUUAAAAGGCCAGUUGACUUGAAAAUGCCCAAAUGCUUCCAGUCUUUAAAAAAACAGCUCCAGAGCUCCAUAACAUUCCUGGCUAGAUAGGAACACCCUCCGUCUGCCCCCGACUCCCCUCCAGGGAAGUCAGACCAGGGGGAUGGAGGUCGGACUUUGUUCCAUGAGGUCUUCUUGCUGUUGGAAUGAGUUGAGAAACCUAUCUUUACGUGGCACUUCCCUUGUGGCCAACUAUUUCUUUCUUUUUUUUUUUUUGUUGUUGUUGUUUUUUCCAGUUCUUGGAAGGGUGCCAAAGGCUUGUCCAAGUGAUUGCUAGUUUAGUGCUGGUAGGCACUUCAAUCUCUGGUCACUCGAUAAAAGAACAAGAGGCCUGGGUGUUGUUAAAGCUGUUGAUACCAUAGCCAUGGUAGGUAAUCCAUAUUGGAUAUCCAUAAGGACCACGUGGAAAUAUUUAAAGAGAGAGAAAUAUAUAUAUAUAAAUAUAUAAUUAUAUACAUUUUAUCGUACAGAUUUUUCGUAAAAAGAAAAAAAAAUAAUUUUUUUUCCAAGUUUGAUACUGUAAAUCUUUAUUAAAAGAAAUUGCCAGUCCAGGGCUCCCGGGGUGGUGACCUGGAGGGGAAUGAAAUGUCCUGGCUAAACUUCCACAGAGGGAUCAGAAUUGCAAGGUAACGUGGAGGGAGGAAUGACCCAAAAGCUGUUGACGGCGUUGGAGACGCGGCUCCUCCACCCUCCGCCCGGGAGGGCCUCCAGCUUGGGGCUGUCGCGUUGCAUUCCUCUGGGGGUCGGUUUGGUUCGGUUCGGUUUUUGGUUUGUUUUGUUUUUUCUUUUUUUUUUUUUUUUCCCUUCUUUUUGGUGGGUUUUUCUGUUGGUGUUUUGUCUCCGUCCUGCACUUGCAGCCUGACAACCGGAGCGAGCGUGGGGCGGGAGGCCUGGGUGGCCCCGGCAGCAAGGCCCUGCAGCCCAGCUUGUGUCUCUGCUGCAGUACUUGAGAUGCCAGGGCUCCCUUCUCUGCCCCUGCUGACUUGUCCCCCUCCCCCUGCCCCGCUGGGGGAGUGGGGGCUCUGGAUUUGAGUGCUGGGCUCCUGUCCCCUGGGCCUGGCUUUUCUUUGGUUGCUCCCGAUGGCAGUGUGAGGUGGAACCGCGGGCUGGGCGGGAGGCAGGAACCACCAGGAGUGUGGGGCAGGGCCCGGGAGGGCCAUCUCUGUUCUUGUCGAUGUGUUUUGCUGUGCUCUCCAUUGGGAGUUGGGAAUCCUUUCCCACCAGGGCAGCUCCAGACCCCUUUGAAGCAAGUCAGCCUCUCAGCUCUUGCCCAACUGUACCGCAGAGUGCAAAUGUAGAGCCCCAGGUGACACGAUGGGGAGGGGACAGGGUGCUGGUGGGCGAGCAGGCGCGGAGGCAGCGGGGGCCGGGCACGGUGCCACAGGAGCACGCAGCGGUCGGGCCACUGAACAGCUCAGACCCGGGGAGGAAGAGGAGAAGGUGGCAUUUCUUUCUCUCUCGAAUCAUUUAAACUUCAUUGUCAUGAUUGUUUUUAUUUUAAAAAAUCAAAAAAAAAAAAAACAAAACAGAAACAGAAAACUUUUGUAACGUGGAUUUGUUUUCCUUCGUCUGUAUUUCAGUCUGCUGGGGUGUUUCCGUAGAUGGUGGAUACUUGCUUUCAUUUUUUUAAUGAUAGAAGUCUUCUGUUUUAAGUUGUUUUUUAUCACCAGCUCAUUCUAUCCUCUGUGGUUACUCAGUAAUUUCAUUUCAAUAUUUAUUUUUGUGCUGCUUUUUUAUUAUAAAAUAAAUUAUUGAUAUACCAAGCAAUGUGGAUUCCUGUUUGUAAGGCGAGUAGCCCUGUGUAUGUGUCCAUUACUUUCUCUUGACAGCCACACCGUAAUUUAUUGCUGUAAAUUUAGCUGCAGUGACUGGUUUUUUUGUACCUUUCCAAUAAAGCAUUUUCUGGUUUCA